UCAUACAAUAGAAAACAUCGAAAAUGAAGUUCACCAUCCCUUUGAUCGCACUUUGUGUAGCUGUUGCUGCUGCCAAGGAAAUUUGGGAAGGCAAACGGUAUAGAUACCAUGAAUCAUACAACUUUGACGAGUAUUUGAAGGUGCUCGGUGUUGGUGAUGUCCUUCGUAGAAAUUAUACGCAAAUCAUACCAUACAUUGAAUUGAAAAAAGGCGAUGGAAAUAAAUACAAAUUGAUCACCACACCACCAUUCAGAAAAGCAGAAAUCGAAUUUGAAUUGGGCAAAGAAUUUGAUGACGAAACAUUGGAUGGACGUACGGUGAAAAGUGUGAUGUCAUUGGCAAAUGAUAUAUUACUUCAAAAACAAGGCGGCGAACCAUCAUCCAAUAUUGUCCGUGCGUUUGGUGAUAAGGAAAUGUAUGAAACGAUGUUUCUCAAUGAUGUUUGUUCAUGCUAUCGUAUAUAUAAGAUCGACGAAUAAUGAAAUACAUACACAUAUAUGUCUCCAUAUCUAAUCACACACGUUCAAAUAGUUCCGACUUUGAUGCGAUAAAAAACAAUAAUCUUGAGAGAAAAAAAAAUGCUUGUGAAAAUAUAUAGUAUAGCUCGGUUUCAGUUGAUCUUUUUUUCUUCUUUAUAACGUUCAAUUGAAAUAUUUUAUUAAUACUUAUCGCUAUCUCCCUCACAUAUAUAAAACAAUGUACAAUGGAAAUGAAAGACGAAAGAGAAAAUAAAACCGUAUAAGAAUUAUAUGAGCAA